GUCGAUUCCAACGUAUCUCAGGCCAAAACUAGUCCAAUAUAGAUCGAUUUGAUUUGAUUCGAAUUUUUUUAGAUCAAUCAUGAUCGAUUUAAUCGGUUCGGAUAGGUUUUGGCACACAUAUUCAGAUUGCCACAUAAUGUUGUCGAAGGGAAUCUUCAAAAAAGUUUCCAGAAUUCGAGAGAAACAUGCCACCAUUAAAAUUUGUGAUUUAGGUUCUGGAUAGUGUUUAUGCUCAUCGCUCACGAACUAGUUUUCUUAUCGUCGCCUUAGAGGGAUGAAAUUGAAAUACAAGCCGGCAGUUUUGAUGGGCGGAAAGAAUCUCGUGUACGAUUGCGGUCGGGGUUUGUUCGGGAAGAAGUUCCUCUCUGCAAAACUCAAUGGAAUUACUAAUGAUUCCAAGGAUCCAUCAGUUGAUACUUUUCCGGUCAAUAACUCUUCCAAUGCUGAAAUGCUUUGGAAUCGUUUGGAUCUAAAAAUUGACAUCCAAGGAUCUUCCCCUCAGAAUGGUGGCGAAGUAAUCCUGGCAGGCCCCAUUGUUCAGAAUAGUUUAUCGGUGAGCCCAUAGCUACCUAUAAUCAGGAUUAUUGAACCCUAGGUUGCAUCAAGUGGGAAGGGUGCAGAUUUCCUUGAGGAUGUUGAUGAGCAGGCAGCCUUUGUGCUACUUGGAGAGCUAGAGCAUAGAGGAGUGGUGGAUUCAACACCAGUUAUGUUUACUUUGGCAGGUUAUGUCAUCUUUCUCUUUGUUUGUUGUAGAGGUUUAAAAUCAAUAUACUUGAUCUAAUAAAUUCACUGGAUGUUUUGACCCCCUCAUUUUGCUCUCGAGUGGUGUGUGUUGUUGGCUGUUUUCAAUUUUGUAAACACUAUACAUGACAUGCCCCUCUUGUACAAUAUGACAGUUUGUUGCUUUUAAAUCAUGGAGAAAAAUCUGAUACAAAAUAA